GGGCGUGCGGUCGCAGACAACGUUUUCCUCCUCUCUAGUCAGUGAAGUGAAGUCCAGCUCGGAAGGGCGGAGGAUAGGCGUUUCCUUACGCGUGACAAGCGCUGUCCCUCGCCUCUCUUUCCUGCUCAGAGGCCCGGGUUGACCCGUACGGUCCAUGACCGCUCGGCGCUCCAAGUGCAAGGGGCGGGACCGGCUCGGCAUUGGCUGUAGCCGUCCUACCCCCCUUCGCAGCCCGCCAAUACCUGACGCCCGCAGGCGCCUGCGCAAUAGGACGGUCGUGGGGGGCGGGAAGCGCUUCGCGGCAGCGGAGCCCAUGUCGGCCCUGAGGCGCUCGGGCUACGGCCCCAGUGACGGCCCUUCGUACGGCCGCUACUAUGGGCCCGGGGGAGGCGAUGUCCCGGUGCACGUUCCUCCGCCCUUAUACCCUCCUCUUCGCUCGGAGCCUCCCCAGCCUCCGGUUUCCUGGCGAGGGCGCGGGGGCGCCCCGGCCGAGACCACCUGGCCGGGAGAAGGCGCAGGUGGUGAUGGCUACUACCCCUCUGGAGGCGCCUGGGCAGAGCCGAGCAGAGCUGGCGGAGGCCACCAGGAACAGCCACCAUAUCCUGGCUAUAACUCUAACUACUGGAAUUCUGUACGACCUAGGGCUCCGUACCCAAGCACAUACCCUGUGAGGCCAGAGUUACAAGGCCAGACUCUGAAUUCUUAUGCAAAUGGAGCCUAUGGUCCACCUUACCCUCCUGGUCCUGGAGCAAGUACUGCCUCUUACUCGGGGGCUUACUACGUACCUGGCUAUACUCAAAGCAGUUACUCCACAGAAGUCCCAAGCACCUACCGUUCACCUGGUAACAGCCCAACUCCAGUGUCUCGAUGGAUGUAUUCCCAGCAGGACUGUCCAACAGAAGCACCCCCUCUGAGGGCUCAGGUUCCAGCAUAUUCUGCUUCACAGAACCCUGGAAUGACCUUGCCCCAUUAUCCGUAUGGAGAUGGCAACCGAACUGUGCCAGCAUCAGGAGCGAGUGGACGAGCACAAGAUGAUGCAUGGGCUUCUGGUGCUUACGGGGUGGGAGCCCGUUACCCCUGGCCUUCAGCUGCCCCCCCAGCCCCCUCUGGGAACCUGUACAUGACGGAAAGUGCUUCACCGUGGUCCAGCAACAGUUCUCCUCAGCCGCCUCCUUCACCCCCACCCCAGCAGCCUAAGGAUUCCUCGUACUCCUAUAACCAGUCGGGUCCAGGCAUGAACCGGCACAGCUUUCCCUGCAGUGUCCAUCGGUAUGAACCUCCGGGAGCAGUGAACAGUGAUAAUUCAGACCUUCUGGAUUCUCAAGUCCAGUAUAGUGCUGAGCCUCAGUUGUAUGGUAAUGCCAACAGUGAACACCCCAGCCACCAAGCUCCGAGUGCUAAUCUCGCAGAAGAGUGUUUCUCUUCAGAUGAAAGUACUCCUCCAAGUAUUAAAAAAAUAAUACACGUGCUGGAGAAGGUCCAGUUUCUUGAGCAAGAAGUAGAAGAGUUUGUAGGAAAAAAGACAGACAAAGCAUAUUGGCUUCUGGAAGAAAUGCUGACAAAGGAACUUUUAGAACUGGAUUCUGUUGAAACUGGGGGCCAAGACUCUGUCCGUCAGGCCAGGAAAGAAGCUGUUUGUAAGAUCCAGGCCAUACUGGAAAAAUUAGAAAAAAAAGGAUUAUGAAAUAAUUUGGAAUGCAGGGAAAGCCUGUUACCGAUUUGGCCAAAGAACUCUUUGAUUUGGUUAGUUCUCAUCUUUUGAAAUGCCUGUGUGACAAGAAGCAACACAUUCCAACUUUCUUCUGACCUAAAACUUGAAAGGAAAAAAAACUGGAAAAGCCGGCAGAGGAAUGAAAGAGCUGCAGUGACAAGAUUCUUUUCAGUUUUCAGAUGACUGAACAUAAUAGAAAACUGGAGUUAUCAGUAUUGCCAAGUAGACCUACUUCUUAAGACACCCAUGGGUGUCUGACUGUAGGCUGCUGCUUACCAGAUCUCAGGAGGGAGAUGGACUUUAUGUAACAGGUUGUCAAAAGCCUAAUCUGAGACAAACAGGCUGUUUUGUAAGCAUCUGGACUGUCACAUUUUUUGUGCAUUGUGACUGCAUAUACUUCAUGUGUAUAUUAUAGCUUAGACUCUUGGACCUCUGUUCUGUUUUCUUACGUGCAGGUCACAAAUGUAAUACUAUUCUACUUCUUCGUACAUUUUGUAGUAAUAUGUUUAAUAUAAUCAAAUAUUGGCAGCCAGAUAGGAUGAGCAGUUCUGAACGAAUUCAUAUCCUUUUACCACUUGACAAUUUCGGUGUGUAGUGAUCUCCUGAAGUCAUUGUCUCCCUUUCUGUGUCGCAUGUUCCGUUCCAUUCUUCCCACUUCUGCUUUUCAUGAUGGGGAAGGCAACUCUGAAAAUUACAUUAACAUAAGAAUGACAAUGUUUGUGGACAUUCGUUGCUUUGUUGUAUUUGGAUAAAGAUCCACUUUGAAAUUGCUUUUUUAAGAAAAAUAUCUUUUGGCUAUUGCUGCUUCUAUAGAGAGCCUUAUGAUAAAAACAUGGAAACUGAAAUGCUGCAGUUAGUAUAAAUAGUGACUGCAAAAAAGUAGCAAAUAGAAUUAUUUAAUGACACUAUUCUCCAUGCAGUAGAUCUGUGGGACAGAUGUGAGCUCAGUUAUAGCUGAUAGGAGGAAAAGAAGGAAAUUCAUGCUCAGGGAGUGAGUCAGCCAUAGCUGAAGUGGAAAAUUCAUUAUUUUCUUUUCAUUUAAAUUUAGUCUCUGUUUCAUAGGAUAAACUAUAUAGAAUUGCCUAUUUCUUAAGAAAGGUGUUAUUUAUAAUAACAGCCAAUUUAGAGCCAAAUUUAAGAAAGGGGCCUUUCUUGAUUAUCCGUGUAUGUUGUUAUACAGAGACAGGUAAAUAAUUUACCUUUUAAGCCUAAAGUGAGAUCUAGCAUACAAUAUCCGCUUUUGCAACAAAGGCCAUUUCUUAGCAAAAUAUCACGGUGAUAUGUUUUCCUAGACUAGCAGGCCUUUAUAUUAGUGAUACUAAGCCUAUAGCCAUCCCUUCUUUUCACAAGAAUCUAAUGAAUGCCAACAUAUGAUGAGAAGAAAUGCAGUAAAAAUAUUGUCUAGGGGCUGGAGAUAUGGCUCAGUUAGCAGAGUGUCUGCCUAACAUACAUGAAGCCCUGGGCUAAGCCCAGUAUUGCAUAAACCAGCUAUAGUAGUACAUAACUGUCUUCAGCAUUUGAAAGAUGGACACUGCAAGUUUCAAGUUAUCCUCAGCUACCUAAUUAAUUCAAGGUCAGCCUGAGCCAAAUAAGAGCCUGUCCCAAAAAGCAACCAGGAUAAGUGAUUCAAGAAGUGAUCUUUUUCCAGUCUGUAGUUUUAAAAAGAUUUUAUUUGGAAUUGGUGGUGUACACUUUUAAUUCAGGCAGAGGAGGCAGGUAGACCUCUUGAGUUCAAGGCCAACCUGGUCUACAGAGCUCCUGAUCAGCCAAGGCUACAUAACGAGAUACGAUCAAAUCCAUCUAGUCUAAUCUAAUGUCUAUCUGCCUAUUCAAUCGUCUGUCUAUGGGGUGUGUGUAUGCUUGCGCACAUGUGCGUGUUUUAUAUUUAUAAUUUUUAUUUUUGAGACAUGCCAGGUUGGCCUUAAACUUUGCAUGUAGCCUAGGACAACCUAGAAGUUCUGGUCCUCCUGCCUCACUUUCUGUUUCACAGGUAGGUGUGUGCCUGGUUUAUGUGGUGUCAGGCAAGCAGUGUACUGAGGCAUAGAUGUAGCCCUGAUUCUCAUAUCUCAUAUCUAGUGCCAGGCUAGCCAGGAGUGAGAUCUAACUACUGCUCCAAACGUUUUCUAUGAUGUGACAAUUAAAACCUUAACACCUCGCUGUGUUGGCAGUGAGACAGUGAUAGAUUCAGAAGAAAACAUGUCUGCUUAACUUAUGCUGCCCAAGAUGCCAGUGCACAUUCUUCAUUUGUGUACAUGUACAUGUUAUGCACAAAUGUACAUAUAUGUGUAUAUACCUUAAGUUAUUUUUUUGAACUACUAACAUGAUUUUAAACUGACAGAAGAGUUGUAAAAAUAGCGUUCCUGUGUAUCCUCCAUUCACCUUCCCCUUGUUUUGACGUCUUCUCUAAUGAAAACAUUUGUCAAAAUUAAGAGUUAAUAGUGCUAUCGAUAUUAGCUGAAGUUGCAAGCUAAAAGUAGAUACUUUAUCUUUUUAGUAGCAUCCUCUUAAACCGUUCCAGAUCCUAUUUUGCAUUCGGUUGUCUGUCUCAGUAGUCUUCCACUCCGGUGACGUUCUAUCAUAAGGAUAGCUGGUGUUGUCAUGUGUUCCUGGAGGGGUUCACACUGAGCGCUGUGCUAAAGUGGUGUCUGCUAGGAUCCUCUGCUGUAAGCUUUUACCCUGCUUUCCUUUGUAAUUACUAAGUAUUUGCUAGAGACACUUUGAGACUAUGCAAAUGUCCUGUUUCUGCUUAGAGUUUGCCUCUUACUAUCUACUGGCAGAUCUUGCUUGUGGCAUUUAUUACUGUGGUGUUUAAAUGGUGAUUUUUCUAUUCUUGUUUCUUCUAUAUUUAAUAAUUGGAAUUCUUCUGGAAGGAACUGUGGUUUCUGGAUUUAUAUUUUUAAUUACAACAAGAUAUUCAGGAUAGGUAUAUACUCAGAAUUUAAAGAUGUAAAUUAUGUUAAUUGAUUCCAGUGGCCAGAAAAAAAAAAGGGGGCAACAUUUGUGACCUGUCUUUGAAAAUGUAAUGAAUUUAAGAAAGAAAUUAGUAUUUAUGAUUUGUAAAAUCUGUUUGACUUUUGACUUGAACUUGAUUUGAAACUGAAACAGUUUUCUUUUGAAAUUCACAUCUAGACUUUUUUAAGGUGUCUAAAUUUAUAUUACUUUGGGGGUCAUUUUUGUCAAAAUCUUGAAUAAAGUUACCUACACCUGGCAUGAUAAACA